AUGAAGAAAGGCUCGGAACAGAAACCGACAGAUGCCGCAAAAACAACUAACCAAGCUGCUCAGCGACUGAACCAAGUUACGGCGCACGUCGCCAAAGAUGGACCCUCGCCCUCAGGAAAAGAUUCGAAGGGGCCUGGCAGUAGCUCGAAUUUGCCAGCAGACUACUCAGAUAUCCUCUCAACCAUAUCGACUCUGAGAGACGCAGCCACUACGCCCAACCUGAAGCAUCGAGGCUACAUCCGCCAGAAACAGGCUGGAAAACUCUGGGUGCGUGAAAGAAUCGAACAACUACUUGACGACAGUACGUUCCGAGAAGUUGGCUCGGUGUCAGGAACUGUGAAAUGGGAGACGACGAGUCCCACACAAGAACGAGUGGCCAGCUUCACUCCAAGUAACAAUAUCCAAGGCACCGGCAAAUUGCAAGGGAGAGACGUGCUUCUGACAGCAGACGAUUUCAGUAUUCGCAGUGGCCAUGCAGAUGGGGCAAGCUCUGGGAAGACUGUUUAUCUGGAAAAGAUGGCUGUUGCGCUCAAGUUGCCCGUGAUCAAACUCGUCGAUGGGAGUUCUGGGGGAGGUAGCGUCACCACGAUCAAGAAAGAGGGCUGGAGCUAUCUGCCAUCUCUUCCUCAUUUUCGUCACGUUGUAGAACAGUUGAAUAUGGGGAUUCCGAACUUGGGCGCAGUUCUCGGGCCAGCGAUUGGUCUAGGAGCCGCGAGAGUAGUGGCAUGCCAUUUCAGCGUCAUGGCUGCAGACGUUGGCACAUUGUUCAAUGCUGGACCGAAGGUAGUCGAGGGCGCCACUUUUGAAGAAGGGCUCAGCUUCCGGGACCUUGGCGGGCCAAUGAUGCAUUGCACAAAUGGCACCAUAGACAAUCUUGCUGCCGACGAAGCAGGAUGUUUUGAUCAGAUCCGGACAGUUUUGGGGUAUCUGCCCAAUUCGGGCCUCGACGCACCACCGGUCGUUCCAUGUACCGACCCCGAAACCCGAGAGGAUCUCUCGUUACGGUCUAUCAUACCUCGGAAACAGACGCGGAUGUAUAAUCCUAGAUUCAUCAUAAAAUCGGUAAUUGACCAUGGAUCCUGGUUUGAGAUCGGAGCUUUAUGGGGCAAAACAGCUAUCAGUGGACUAGCACGUCUAGCAGGUCAUCCCGUUGGAGUGAUUUCGCUAAAUUGUGAAGUGAAUGGAGGAGCGUUGGACGCUCAAGGCAGCCAGAAGCUGACAAGGUUUUUGAAACUCUGUGAUGUGAUGAAUAUUCCCGUUCUACAGUUUUUGGACAUCCGUGAGUGGUCUCCUUUGCCGGGAAAAAUGCCUCUACUCAAGAUUAGUUUGAUCAGAAUACCAAAUACUGACUUGCGUAUGAUAGCCGGAUAUGCCAUUGGCACAAUUGCAGAGAGAACAUCGGUUAUGCGCUGGGGAAUCGAACUGACCAAGACCUAUUUCUCCACCACAACGCCGAUCUUCAAUGUCAUCACGCGGCGAGUCUUUGGUGUCGCUGGCGGUGUUAUGAUCGCAGCCCGUGAUCCAUCCAUGCAAGUGGCCUGGCCAUCCGGACAAUGGGGCUCUUUGCCUCUUGAAGGAGGCAUCGAGGUUGGCCACCGCCACGAGCUGCGUGAAGCUGAAAAAGUCGGACGCAAAGAGGAAAUGUACGAAGCGCUGGACGCGGAAUAUAGGCGGCUUAUGAACCCGGUCAGAACGGCCAAUGCAUUUGGCGUCGAGGAGAUUAUCGAUCCCAAGGACACGCGCCAAGUGUGCUGUGCGUGGGUUCGCCAUAUGUAUGGAGCUACCAUGAGAGAGCGACUAGCCCAUCGAGCGAGUGGAAAGAUCCGGCCAUCUUUUACAUGA